AUGAGUGCGAGGGGAAAGAAAAGGCGGGCUGAUGUGCUGCUGGCGGAGCGGGGGCUGGCGGAGAGUCGGGAGCAGGCCCGGAUUCUGAUAAUGGAAGGGCUGGUGUUUGCGCCGUCGGGACGGGUGGCGAAGGCAAGCUCGGCCCUGGCGGAGGAUACCGCACUGGAGGUCCGGGGGCGAUUGGCCUACGUGAGCCGGGGCGGGCUGAAGAUGGCCCACGCCUUGAAGGUGUUCGGCAGGGAAGUGGAAGGGCAGACGGCCCUGGACGUGGGGGCGUCCACGGGCGGGUUUACGGACUGCCUACUGCAGGGGGGGGUGCGGCACGUAUAUGCGGUGGACGCGGGGCACGGUCAACUGCACCUGAGGCUCCGCCAGGACCCGCGGGUAACGGUAAUGGAAAAGGUCAACGCGCGCCAUCCGUUUGAAUUGCCGGAGGCGGUGGACCUGGCCGUUAUUGACGUAUCCUUCAUCUCGUUGACCCUGGUAAUACCGCAGGCGGUGGCGCACUUGGGGGACGGCGGGUAUAUUGUCGCCCUGGUCAAGCCGCAAUUCGAGGCCCGGAAGGGAGAAGUGGGCCGGGGCGGCAUUGUGAAAGAUCCAAAGGUACACGCUGCCACGCUGGGGAAGAUGGUGCUGUGGGCGGCAAACGAGGGACUGCGGAUCAGGGAUAUGUGCGGCUCACCAAUCCGGGGAGACAAGGGGAACCGGGAGUUUUUCCUGUUGCUGCAAAAACCUUCGUCCUCAGCACAAGAAAACGGCAAAGACACGGGCCAGGUUCCCGCCUUCGCGGGAACGACGGGUAAAGAACUGCAAAAACCUUCGUCCUCAGCACAAGAAAACGGUAAAGAAACGGGCCAGGUUCCCGCCUUCGCGGGAACGACCGGUAAAGAGCCGCAAAAACCUUCGUCCUCAGCACAAGAAAACGGCAAAGAACCGGGCAAGAAAACAGGGGAAUAG